GCAGGCAGGCAGUCAGGCAGGCAAGAGCCACACAGGCAGGCAGACACACAGGCACCCCUGCAAAAGGCCGACAAACGGCAGGAAGGGAAAAGCGGUCAUCACUCAGUUCACUGAUCUGCUCAUUAGCUGAACUGCCAAACAUCUCCCUAUAUAUGCAUCCCUCCCUCCCUAUAUUCCACUCACAAGUAGCCAUGCCUGCCUGCCUGCCUGCCUCCUUCAUUUGGGGAGCAGCAUCUCGCGCAGGAAGGUCCUCUGUGCAUUCUUGUCGUUGGCCUUGGGCAUCCGGACGCCCCGGCGCCCCGCUUCCACCCUGUACUCGCUGCAGAGCGCCGCCACCGACUCGGCCGGGAGGCUGUUGACGAAGGCCAGGCGGUCGUCGGUCUUGAGAGUGAAGGUGGCGACCUUGACGUUGCUCUUGAUGCUCAUCUCGCACUCCUCGUCAUGGCCGUCUGUGUUGGUCGUCAGGGACAGCUGCACGGCGUAGUAGCUGACCUUGCUGAGGGUGGCCAGCUUAAUGGGCGGCGGGAUCACCGUUUUGUACUCGUUGCUGGGUGCCGUGUCGUCAGCAGCAGAGCUGACGGAGCACUCGGCCGGCUGCAGGGUCACCCGCUUAAGCAGCUUGUCGCCACGGACCAGCUGAGGGUGCUGCGAUUCGUCGGAUGCGUCAGUGUCGUCAUCAUAGGGGCCGUAGAUGGACACCUCAAACUCCUCCCCCUUCUUCGGCUUGGGCCCGCAGAACCACAAGCACUCAAUGCAGUUGCGCGACAGGAACGCCUUGGCCGACAGCAGAUCCACUCGCGGCGCCCUCGACCCGAACUCGGGCUUGGCUGCUGCUGCUGCUGCUGCCUUUGCCUUGGCUCCCACUGUCAUCUUGACCCUCUUUUUGUCGCGAGACUCCGCCUCAUCCAGGUUGACGGGGCUGCCCGCCGCAAUGCCGCCGCCACCAGCGGCCCCCCCUUUGGCACCACCGAACAAGAAGGGCGAUGGAGGGCGGCCGCGGAAGUAAUCGAAGGUCGACGGGCGGGAGGGCCGGGGGAAGCCGGUGAAGCCGGCAGGCUGUGCGAAUCCGCUGAAGACGAAGGGAGAUGGAGAGGGGGAGCCGCCCACGGGGACACCAGCAGCAGCUGCUGCUGCAGCGGCAGCGUGAGCCGUCUGCUUGGGCCUGACGUGGGGCUGUCGAGAGGCCGUGCUUGGUGCAGCAGCUGCUGCUGGGCCCUUGGCGAACGGCGGACGGAGCUGCCCUGGGAUGUGGGGGGUGCGGUGGCCGAAGUGGGGUGAUGGUGUUGCGGAGGGGUGGGCGACCAGGCCUGAAUGGGCUGGUGGGGGAGGGCGUGGCGAGCCGACGGCCUUGCAGGGGUGGUACUGAAUGAUGCAUGCGACAUACAUACACACACACACACACCACACGCACAGAUGCGGAUCAGUGGAUCAACGCAUGCAGGUGGCUGGCUGCAGCGAUGCGGUGCUUACUCUUGUCUUCUCGUGGAAGGCCUGUCUGCAUGCCGCGUACGACUCGUUGACCUGAACACACAGACACACGCACAGACAGACAGACAGACAGACACGAAAUAGAGAGUUUUUUCUAUCAACAGCUCUUUGUCUACCCACCCUCCGGCCGACCUACCCGAGUGAUUGCCUGUGUUGCUUCCUGCUUCUCACUCGCUGGCGCCUCCUCGAAGUUGAUCUUGUCGGGAUGGACCAUCAGCUGCAGCUUCCUGUGGUUCGCCUUCACCUGACACACACAAUCACACACACAACAGACAAAUAUGCAGUCAUGGGGGACCCCGUUGUGUGCCCCCGUCUCCCCAGUUAGUCUCACCAUUUCGUCCGUCGCGAACCGUGCGUCAAGGCCGAGCACCCAAAAGUGGUAUUGCUCGCCACGGGGCAGCCGGUUGACCCACCGGACGACCGCCAUCUGAUCACGAUGCUUCCGCGCGCGCUCGUGACGCUCCUUCUCAGCUUGGUGCUGGCACACACACCCAGAGAGAGAUCCAUGUGUGUUGUGUGUUGGAUUGUACGGCAUUGCGUGUGUGGUGUGGGGCCCCACCUACCUUUCGUCGCUUCUCUGCCUCAGGGUCUUCGCCGAGUGCCUUCUGCCUGCUCAUGUCGUAUUCGUCCUUGGCGGAUGUGAGCAGCAUGAACGCCUCACGCACAGGGGGAACCCGCAGGUGCUCCUCAAAAAGGCCCUUCAACGUCGUGUGACAAAACACCACCUGAACCACAUCCAUCCAUCCAUCCAUUUGUGCGGGCGGCCCUGCCCACCCACCUGUUCCUCUGGUGUGUCUUCGGCCAGCCCCAGGAGGCUCUGCACCGAUACCGCAUCGCUGCUGAGCGAGUGAAUGCGCAUAAGGUUCUCAAACACGGUGUCGUUGAGGGCCAGGAGGGUCUCCACCGAUGCGUCGAGGAGCCCAGUGGCGCGGUCGCGCUCCUCAUCGUCGGUGUGGUCCUGGAUGGCCGACCGCACGAGCGAUGCCUGGGCCGUGACAAAGCUGCGCAGCUCCUUGACAGUGCGGUCCACGGGGAAAGCCACGCGACUCCCUGACCAAACGAACAAGCGAACGAACGAACAACACGUCAUUCCAUCACUUAACGCAUUGCAUUCCGUGUGUGGGAUGUGUGUGUGGCUGCACACUCACCUAGGCCAAGGUAUGCGAUAGCGUUCUCAUCCCUCUCCCUCAGGAUGGCACCAACGGUCUCGCCCGCAUCGAUGGCGGGCUUCCCAGCUGCACCGGCUCCCAAAGCCGCAGCAGCCGCAGCAGAAGCAGCAGCGGCGGCGGCGGCGGCGGCGGCACAUGCCUCCUCUCCCUGGGCGGCCUCCUCAGGCACUGGGCUUGCCACUGGACCUUCAUCUGGAGGGUGGACGUGGAGGCCGCUGGGUGACAUGCCCAUCCCCUCCUGCUGCUGCCUGGGCUCCUCGUCCGAGCCGUGCUCGGGGGGCGCCUCUGGUGUCUGCUCGUCUUCCUGACGAGGCUCCGUCACAGCUUUCGUGUGGUCCUUCUCGGCCUCUGCCGCCUGCUGGGGGGCCUCAUAUAGCGGCUCUGGCGAUGCCUGCUCGCCAGAGUGGUCUCCCUCUUGUGGCUCCUGCUGCCGCACUGUCGGCUGCGUCUCCUGAGGCUCCUCGGCCGGGAGGUGCUUCGCUCUGUCGGGCGAAGGAGCGCCUCUCUGGUCAGCUGGAGGGAUGGGUGGCGGCGGGCCAGGGGAAGUCGCCGCAGCAGCUGGGUCAGACGCCGCUGGCUGCGGGAUGUGUGGCGGUCGGGGAGGAGGUGGGGGUGGGGGCGAGGGCAUGUCGCCCCCGUAGCCGUCGUACCUCUGCUGGUGAGCCAUCUCAUCCAGAUGCCGCUGGAGGCUGGGGUCGGCCGACCGGAGCCCUCCCAUCCCUCCCGGGCUUCCGUCCCCACGUGCCACCUUCCUGGCCUUCCCGGCAGGCGAACGCCGGCCUCUGCCUCGCCCACCCACCUCCUCGCCCGAUGAAGGUGACGCUCCCUCUUCGCCCCCGGACGAAGCAUCGCCUUUCUUGCGCUUGCGGAUGGGGGAUGGGGUGGCCUUGGCGGCACUGCGAGGGACGCGGUCAGAUGGGGUGCGGCCGCGUCGGCGUCUCGCGUGGCCCCGCUGGCGCUUGGCCUCGGCUCGUGUGAGGGGUUUGGAGGGCCCCGGGCCCUCCUCCUCCGUGAUCUCGCCGUCCUCGCACUCGUCCAAGUCGUCAUCGAGGUUGAUCUGGUCGAUCUGUUGAGGACCCUGCUUGCGGGGGAGCCGCUGCCGCUGCUUGGCACGGCCACGGCCAGGGCGGGAAGGGCCUGACGGCUGGCUCGGGGACGGCACCCCACCAUCUGCACACACACAGGGAAACAAACGCAUGGAUCAACAGUCAGUCCGCCCACACACCGACCGUGUUGUACUCGUUCGUCUUCGGCACUCACCUCUUCUGGGUCUCGGUCUGCUGCCGCAGGAGGGUCUUCUGCCCCAAUCCUCCUCUCCCUGCUCGUUUUCCUCUCCUUGCUCGUCCUCCUCCUCGUUCUCAUCCUCAUCGUCAUCACACACAAUCGGCUCCCCCGCGCGGCUGCCCUUCCCCUGCAGCAUGCUGCUGGUGCUCCCGCCGUCGCCCUCAUGCACUCGCUGCCUCUUGACGUUGACGUUGGCUGCGGCCGCCGCCGCCCGGCCGGGCCGCCGGGCCUCAUCGCUGCUGCUGUCGACCACCUGAGCCGCGACGGAGUCUCGGGCCCGUUUGGAGGAGAGAGGGGGGAGGGGAGGGGGAGGGUACUGGUCGAGCUGCUUGACGAAGCUGCUGAGGACCUUCUGGUGAUCGAAUUUGACGGGAGCGUCAGGUCGGUGGUGGAGGGUGAGGAGGAAGUUGGCCUUGUCCCACCAGCAGCACUCCGCCUGGCUGAGCGUGAACAGACGACGGACGAGCUCGUCGCGCAUGGUGGCUGCACGGGCCUCCGAGAGCAACGACCUGACAUGACAGAGGGGGGGAAUAGACACACACAAGGAACAGUCAGGGCAGGGUCGAUGGAUGCGAUGCAUGCAGCCAAUCACACGUACUCAGAGAUCUUGGUCUGAACUUCUGCAAACGCGGCCUCUGGACGAAUCUGCAAACACGCACAGCACACACAAGGAUGUAUCAGUGAGAUGGAUGCACCCAUCCAUGCGGUAUGAUAUGUGAUGCAUGGCCACUCUAUCUACCUCUCUCUCCCGCAGCUGCAUGUGUAUCUCGACCACAUCUUUCCUUCUCUGCGCGUCAUCCUCUGCAGCACCCUCCUCCUCCUCCUCCUCCUCCUCCUGUCCCCGGCCUCUCUCCUUGGACUCAAUCAACGGCACCAGCCGCCCAAACAGGUUGCGCAUGCCCCGCUGAGUCAACAGCCAUCUCUCCAGAUCCGCCAGCCUUGUCCUACUCGCCAGGAAGUCGUUCUUGGACAUCGGGGCGGCAUUCGCUGCAGCGCUCGCGGGCUCGGCGCUGUCUUCGGCCUCCAUGAAGGCCUCACUCGAGGAAGCCAGGUUGUCCGGUGCUCCCGAGACGCUGAAGGCCCCGUUGCUUAUAGCGACUUCGAGCAAAGCAGAAUCCCUCUACCUCACUGCGGCCUGCGUGCCACGAGCGGUGCGUGAAGCUUUUCCCUUUUC